CUAUCCCCCUCCCCCCACCCCACACUUCACCACCUCUUUUCCUUCUCCCCCAAACCACAAACCAAGACACUACAAAACACACCUCUCCCCAAGGAGAACUCAUUCCUUUUUCAUCAAAAUGGCCUCCGAAAUCUCCUUCGCCAAAGCCUUCCUCUCCGCUCUGGACAGCCGACCCAUCAAGCUCCGAGCCGACUAUGUCCACGACGACCCCAACGCCCGCAUACCACACCUCCUCCCCCGCCUCCAACCCCCGCGCCCGACAACAAUGCCCAAGAAGAAAACCCCCGCCGCGGCCGCCCCGGGCUCCUCGAAAUCCAUCACCGUGGUCCUGAAAUCCGCCCGCAACCCGGCGCUGGAACUCCGCCUGCCCAACGUGCCCCUCGCCACGACGACCGCCACCGACCUGAAGGACGCGGUGCGGGCGCGGAUCGUCGACACUGCGAACGCGAAGCCCGCGCUCGAGAAGAUCAAGAUCCUCUACCGCAAGAAGCCCGUUACGGGGAACAAGACGCUGGCGGAGAUGUUGAGCGAGGAGCCGGCGUUGUUGGUCGGCGGGAAGGAGGUGGAGGUUGCGGUUAUGGUGCUCGGGGGUGGGAGGGUUGUUGCUGAGGGUGAAGGACAAGAAGAACACGAGGGUAAUACGGCAGCGGAGCCGGUUAGCAAGCCGGCGGUUGGGCCGAGUGGGGAGGAGGUGGUCAAGACGGAGGCGUUUUGGGAGGAUUUGCAGGGGUUCUUGGAGCAGAGGGUGAAGGAUGCGGAGGAGGCGAGAAGGUUGAGGGGGCUGUUUCGCGAGGCGUGGGAGGGGAGCAAGUGAUGUUCUUUGCCCUUUGUCCUUGGUCCUUUGUUCGGGUUGAUGGCUUGGUGGGUGGGGUACGAUACCUAAAGGGUAAAUGACACCCUUGUUUAUAUCUAAUGUUGGGGAUGUGAAUAUCAAAUCUUCUUUCUUGUGUACGAUGUGCCUCAAUUGGUGCUCCAGCUAGUGCAGCGGGUGGUGUACGUCUACUACUCAAGUAUUAUGUCCAGCCAUGUAGGGGCAGAAAAUGUAC